GUUACACUUCAGUAUUGAUUACUAGACUGAAAUAUGUUUUUAAAUUACUAACAUUAAUAGUUAAAAAAGUACAAGAAUAUGAGAAGCAAGCGGUUUUUAGAACGCAUCUCAUAUUUUACUAUGGACUGACUUUAUAUCCUGUCAUAAAAAUCAAUAUAUUUUUUACGACCCUCGGAGCUGUGAUGUGUUGUAAAUUGAUUUAAUGGCAAUGACCACAUUGAAGCUCCAAAGUGCGUUAUAAACUGACUUCGAUAGAAAUCGGACCCAUUUACGCAAGCUGACUGUACAAACGCCAUGCAUUUCAGACAACUCCUUACCGAAAUGGUUAUCAUCUUGACCAUAUUGACUCUUCCUGAAUAUUCCAUUCACGGCUCAGCAGAGAAGAAAAUUAGCCAAUAUCCUUGGAUGCCGAAGACGUCAACGCAUAUUACACCUUAUAAGAUAUCUGGGGAUAUAUGAAAGAUUAAAUGUGUUAUUAUGAAUGAAUAAAUUUGGAAUAGUUUUUCUGCCCAUUAA